GCGUCCAAAGCAACCAAAAGAGAACGAGCCAAAACGAGCCAGAACGAGCCUAAAAACAUGGAUCUAUUAAAGUAACAGGCCCACUAGCAGCGAGUGUCUGAAGGUAAACCUGCUACAAAGUGCUGUUUUAGUGAAGUUGUUUCUUGUACUGUCUUUGUUUGAAGGAUUCUCAGUUGUAGGAGUGCUUCAAUCAGGGAGUCCUCGUCCAAGUGCAUCGUGGUCGGACUUGAGACAGUCCAGCUCUCAGAUGUCCCUGUCCAGCCACAGCACGUCUGCCAAGUUUCAGAGAUCAGGAAGUGUUGAUCCUUUCAGAGAUUUGUCCUCUCCUGCUGUUCAGAGCAAGCCCAAUGUUCUGAGCCCACAGCCCAAAUCUGCUCCAAGUACACCACCUCCUCAGCAACUAUUUGGACAUCCUUGCACAGAAUGGCUGGAGAAGACUGUUUUCCCUGUUUUACUACCUGGACUUGAGGCUUUGCAGAAAGAAGCUGUGAAACAGGGAUGUUUAAAGCGAAAGGAAACUGCAUUUAAUCCAUGUGAUUUCCUGACUUCCUGGCUUUACAACCAAAACCCACGUCGACAGGGACAGAAGCCAGUACAGUGGUGCGACAUCCCAUUUGUGAAGGAGUGGCUUAGCAUGCAUCCUCGGCCGCCUAUACCUUUAUUUUUACAACUAAGCGAAGCACAGGCAGCUUUGAUCAUCCAGUCCUUUUGGAGAGGAUACAAGGUGAGGGCACAGCCAGAUGUCCAAGAGCUCCGACUAUGGCAGAAGGAACUGAGGGAGAAUCAAGACAUAGUCAAAACAGUGGAGAAGUUCUGGGCCCAACAAGAGAGCAGAGUUGGUUCGUCUAUGACUGAUCUUCCUGAAAGCCCUCAGCUAGAGAACUCUGACUUCUCUAUCCAGGUAGUGUCACCAACUCCACAGAGCACCGUGGUCCACACCCCCACCAUCCAGAUGGCCCCCGGGGAGUGGCUGACCCCCAGUUUGGGCGGGCUGGCUGACAUAGGCUCUGCUGCGCUGAUGGCUAAGUUCAUGUCUGUACCUGAUUCCAGUGUAAAAUCACUGGCUGCAAUUUCCCCUUCUUUGGUGGGGUCUCACAGCCCCAAUGAAACCAUAUGAGCAACUGAAAUCAUUUUAUAAACAAUAUUACAAUAUUUCACAUUAUUUUAUUCAAUAUCUUGCAUACAAAAAAUAAAACAUAGUCACGUAGUUCUUAUAGGGUAAAACAGAAAUAUUCCUUUUCUACCAAGCUGUAUCUUUCUAGGUCUUUGGACAUUCUCAGUGUAAAGGUUAUUUUGUGAAUAGUUUUAUCAGUAAUUCUUUUGACACAUCCCAGUUCCCCAUUUAUAUGAUCAAUCAAAAGUUAGUUUACAAUCGCUUUUCAUGCAAUAGAUAUAAGAUAAAUUUUGGGAUAGCAUAACUAUAAAUAUUGAGAGUGUAAUCAUUACAUCAUCUCAAAACAUAGCAGAGAUUUACCAUGGACCGUCCUUGUUCUCUCGGUCCAUGGUAAAUCACUGCAGCCUAUAUAUUUGCCUGUAGUUUUUGAGGUACAGGUAAUAGCUUUUCAUUUGUAUUGUACCACACGCAAUUUAUUGUUUCAUACCUAUUAAGCUGCUGUAAAGCUGACCAACGUGAUCAGUCAAACUAGCCAUUAAACCUGGCGGUGACCAACUGGGGAUGUCCAGGCUGAGAUUUAUGGACCGAAAGAUGCACAUGUAAUUAGAUGAUUGCUUUCAUUGCCUUUUUGAUAGAUGACUUCCUUUUACCAGCCUUGUAAAUUAACACUACAACCGGUCUCCGAUGUUAUAUUGCAAGAAGUAGGAAAUAUUAUGAGCUUGUAAGUCGCUCUGAGCACCUUUAGCUGAGUGCUGACUAUGUGAUCACCAAAUCAUAUUUUCUGAGAUGUCAUUUCCUUUUUCCCGUGCAAUAUGUACCACUGCACAAAAGAGCACAAUGGAGUCAGGAUGUGAGAGCAGAGUGAAGCAUGUGUGGAACAGCGAGUUUCUGCUAAUUGCUAAAUAAAAUAAAAGAACAAUGGUACUAAAUGCCAUGUUUUUACUGUGUUGUUCGAUUCAGAUCAUAGAUAGGUCUUUGGUAUGGUUAUUAUGUUGUGAGAGCUAUAGUUUCUUCCCGCUGUCCAAAACAUUCAGUUGGUGGGCCAUAUGGUAAAUCAUAUUAAAUAAAUAGAAGCAAAAGGGAAUGUUUUUUCUGUUUAUGUAUUUGUCUGUGUAAUUAAUUAACUAGUUAAUGUCCUAGUUGUAUACUAAACCCGUCUAGGAGCUGCUGUGGUUGCUCACUUUUGCUCUAGUCUUCCACUUGUUACAUUAAAUAAGUUAUGAGCAUGUUUCUUUCCAUUCAACCUUUCAUUCAGAUUUGAAGGUAUAGGUUUCUUGGAGAGCCUCGUCCUGAGUUUCAGACAAAUGAUUCCUUACUGAUUUGAAGGAUUUUGUGAUGACCUUUCCUCAUUCAAGAUAUGUUUUGAUUUGAAUUGUGUUUUUGCUAUGACAACAGAGGACCGUUGCCAUGCCAAAUCCUCGUGAUUGGUUAUAAGUCUGUGCCCUUCUAAGGUUUCUUGCGGAAACAAGAGAAGACAGUGUUUGGUCUUCUCUUGUGUCAGUGAUUACAGGUAAAGGUGCAUUCUUUAUCACUUUUUGAGCUCCAUUUCCUCCAUUUUCCUCUUCUUGGUGGUCAUGUGACAAAUGUUUUUUGCCUCACAACAAAGUCCUUUGAAGUCCUAUGGAAGGUUUGUGGAUGAGUGAGGGACAGCUGCCACUGACUGGGAUGAUAAAACAUGGCAUUUCUUUCGUAGGAUAUCUGAUCCAGCUCCACUGAGUCUGGCAGCUCUGGGCUUCAGUGUAACCGGAUCACAGCGCGGCACCAGACUGUCACUGCAAAGUCAGAUAACAGCAUGCUCCUGGG